AUGACUCUAACAUAUACACAUUCUGGUGACGAUGAUGCACCUCCGCCUUAUACUCCAACCGAUCCUCUUACUCCGGCUUCCACUGUCACAGAUUCUUCCAGACAAGUAUCAUCAGCCGAUCAUAUCCCAUCCUAUACCCAUGCAGUAGAGGCUCCCAAUUUCGUAUCUGCCGCUGCAUACUUCAGUGAGCGCCGUCCGCCGGCGAACCCGCAGCCGGACUCUGAACCCUUGGAACAUGCUCUCAUUUUCUACAAGCGAAGCCAGGCCAAAGACUACUCGAGAUAUCCACGCUGCUGGCGCUCAAAAGCCGAAGAUAUUACUCAGCAUGAUUGGGAUACUUUUUUAAACUACCUCCUACCGCUGCAUCUUGGACCAGCAUCAAGCCACCCCCAUAUGCCACAAAAGCUGCGUGCAGAGAUCGAACGGGAUAGAAAAGAUAGGCCACAAGAGACGGAUGAAGAACGGCAAUGGAGGAUCACUGCGGUGGUUACAGAGUGGAAUUUCAACUUUUUCCUACCGCGUGGAGUCAUGAUCGUUUACUGCUUUGUUCGUGAAGAUGGAACGCAGCCUGAGACUCCGUUAUGCCCGUCAUGCUAUCCAAACACUACAUCUUCCAGGUCACGCAAUGAUACCACCAGGUCCUUGUUUGAGGCACCUACUUCUUCGAGAGAGAUACAUGAACUGCCUCAGCCCUCGAAUCCGGUCCCAAUAGCCCAGCAAAGCCGGCAGGCCACCGACCCAGCACCGGAAAUAGGUGAAGCGAAACCGGAUAAUCAAUAUCAAUACAGUUCCGGUCCAGCAGGUGCACCGGGGGUGUGGAUAUUCAACCCCGGUGCAGCAGUCAAUAACAUUGCUUCAAUGGUUUCGGACCAAAUUCAGCGUUACAGUCAAUAUGUAGCAGAUCAAGCUGUGGAGAAUAGCAGAAGGGUGAGCGAACAGGUUCAAGCAGCAAGCCGCGAGGUGCAAAACAAUGCUCAGGCACAUGCAAAUUACGUCCAGCAGCAGGCCACGCAGGCAAGGCACAGAGCCUACUACAACUUUAAUGUUUACAGGAACCAAGCACAGUCAACAUGGGCCGGUCACCAUGCUCGGUUUGCCGGUUAUGGUCCCGGCCAGCCUCAUUAUGGUGGAUGGGGACAGGGAAGAAGAACCUGGGGCCCCAGUGGGUGUCAUCCAGAUACUACCGCUGCCUGGGGACUUUGGUCAGAGAAAACUGAACCCGGUCAGCGUGGACGCGAAUGGGGCCAUAUCGAACAAAGGGGCAGAAGGGCAAGGAGUGCCUCCGUAUCUUCAUCCUCAUCUUCUUCAUCAAGCAGCUCCUCCGAAUCACUGGACUCCGCCUCAUCCGACUCAGGUCUGAAAAAGAGUGAACUCGCUGCUCUUAAGGCCGCCCUCAACAAUCUCAAAGAACAACAGGAGCAACGGCGCGUUUCAGCGGCGGACUACCGAGCCCGCAGAAAGGAACUGAAACGUGACUACAGAGCCCUGAGAUCGGCUCGGAGAGAGUUCCGCUCAGCAGGCCGACGUUGUCGAGGCUCCAAUGCCGAAGCCUGUACUGGUUCCAGCUCCAAUCCGGCCGCUCGUGGGGAGCCCAAUUCAGAUAUUGACGAAAUAAAGAAAGACAUGCAGGAGAUUAAGGAUCAUUAUAUCAACCUAAUACGCAGUUUGCGUAAUGAGAAGCAUGAGCUGAAGCAGGCUGAGAAGAGCCACAAACAGGAAGAGAAGCAAGCUAGAAAGGAAGAGAAGCAAGCGAGGAAGCAAGAGAAGGCAGCGAGGAAAGAAGAGAGAAAGAAGGCCAAAGAUAAAGGCAAGGGGAAAGCCAAAGCAGAGCCAGAUAUGUCCUUUGAAAGACAAAUAGGGGAUAUCAAUCUUUCGUCAAAUACGCUCCCUCCGGAUUCCCCGCAAGCGCCUCAGACAUCUGGAACAGUGGUGAAUGAUAUCAAGCAAUAG